GCCUGAUUGGCCGGCCGCGCCGGGACGAAAGAUGCGCGCGCAGCAGGGAACCCCGGCCGGCUCGCUCGAAGCGCGCAGCGGUUGUUUCGAGUUAGUCUCUCGUCGAACGGCAAUUCGCGUUGUUGUCUCCACGAGCUCCGGACAGACAGCAGUGAGCUAGUGCAGUGCUGUUAGGCUAGAGCGCGUAUUCUGCUUCGUAACAGGAAACGGCAGAGAGUUCUGGUUGCCUUCUUCGAGCUCCGCCCUCACGUCUUUGCUCUAACGGAUAUCGGAGCGGGAGAAGUUCGUUCGGCGACGGCGACGAUGCAGGUCCUGGCGGCGGCGCUGCUGGUGAUGGCGGCGGCGCUGGGGCGGGCCCGCGCCGAGAUGGUGCACAUCCGCUCCAAGUACGACCAGCUGGUGACGUCGAGCACGCUGCAGUGGGCGCCCGGCGAGCGGGGCAGCUUCCCCGACCACGCCGUCGUCGGCGCGCACGACGUCGUCCGAGACGCGGACGGGCUGACGGCCGACGGCGAACCCGCCGAGCCGCGGCAGCUGCCCGUGUACGUGUGCCGGGCGCGCCACGCCGGCACCUGGGUGUCGGGCCAGCUGCACCCCAGCAGGAAGACCUGCGACAUCUCGCUGCUGGACGCGGUGUCGCGGUACGACCGCUACCAGGUGCUGCAGAACACCGACGAGGGGGCGCGCCUGUCCUGGGUGCCGUGGAACCACUUCCUGCGCCUCGCGCCGGGAGCCGUGGCCGCCGGCGAGACGCUGUACGUGGCCCGCGGCCCGCGCAACCCGGGCGACUACGAGCUGUCGCACUUCCUCGGCAAGCUGGACCCCAAGGACGGCCUGGGCAGGCUGUCCGUCGUCACUCAGGCCAUGGAGGAGAAGGAGCUGUCCAACGGCGAGGUGCUGGUGGAGACGGAGCCGGUGCGCUACGAGCUGACGGGAGUCAAGUUCAACACGUGGCGCAAGCGGGUGAGCCGCGCGCCGCUGGAGCUGGCCAACACCACGCUGCGCAACGGCGCGGCGGCCGUCGGCGUGAACGUGGCCACCGUGCUGGACUACCAGAGCAACCGCUCCACCUACUGGGGGCAGGGCAAGGCGCUCAUCAAGGCGCUGCCCACCUCCAUCACGCUGGCCAACGGCACGGCGCUGGGCGAGAUCAAGUGGGGCAUGCCCGAGGCGGCGCGCUUCAACGAGACGCACAGCGUGGAGUACUUCCUGGAGCCGGGCACCGCGGUCAACGUGACCCUGAGGGGCAACCACACCGAGAGCGAGGUGCCCUUCUCCGGCAAGCUGGUGGCGGUGUACGAGGACGGCUUCACGAAGGAGCGCAGCAUCGAGGGCAACCGGAGGGAGGUGGCCACGCUGGACGUGAAGCCGGAGUUCGGCCCGGUGUACUACAUCCGCAACAUGUCGCUGGUGCCCACCACGACCACCACCACCACGACGACGACCACGACCACGACGACCUCGACCACGACGACGGAGGCCGCCGAGCCGGAGACCACCCGGAGGCCCAAGAAGCCCGUGGAGCGGGAUGGCAAGACGGAGAACACCAGCAUGCAGUCGGACGAGGCGCAGUCCCUCAAGGAGGAGAACCUGCUGAAGCCCCAGAGGGAGGCGGUGGUCCCGGUCAACACCAACAACAACAACAACAACAACCCGAGCGAGAGGUGCGGCCCGGCGGCGGCGGUGGUCAUCCUCGCCUGCGCCAUCGUCCACAGGAUAACAUAGACGGCGAGCUCCUCCACCUGGCGGAGCCCGCGGCAGGUGAGGCAACACUUCCCACCACGUUGAUCCCCUCCCGACCUUCGCGCGGCCGUUUGCCCCGACACCCUGCCGUCGCCGUUCUUUUCAAACAGCAUUCAUCCACGUCCAGAAGUCCAACUGUGAGGGAGAGUUGUUGCUUCCCGUGUCGCACCAACACGAGACUGACUGCAUGUGCCGAGAGGGAUUCCGGUUAAUGUCCUGUACCUGUCUUCUGAGGGAAUGAGGCGAAGUGUCGAGUGUGCGUCCAUCUGUUGUAAAUAUUUAAGUCGUACAGUGUACGUGUCAUAUAAAUUGUCAGUAUAUUUCAAACAUUUCUUUAUUCUGCUCAUAGUGCUCAUUCAUUCCAAGAUAUGUAAAGUGUAUAUAUUAUGCAGGUACAAAGAUAAACAGUCCACAUUGUCCAUUCCGUUAUUACAUGGAUUAAUAUUUUUUUUAAUAUGUUUUAUGUACACAUUUGUUAUUUAAAAUGAAAUGUUAACUGUGCUAUCGUAUAUGAAGUACACUUAUAAUUUUGUUCACCAUAAUUUCUGCUCCAGUGGGCAGUUGGCAUUUAUUUUGCUAAUGAAAAGUUGUUUAAAUGUGCAAAAUUAUUUUUUUUAAAUAGAAAAAAAUGCAUUAAAGUAUUAAUUUAAUUCAUAUUCAGAUUGUUUUGGUAUCUAGUGGUGUUUUUAUUAUUAAAUGUGGCAUGAUUUAAAUACAUGCAGGCCUAUAACUAAAAAAGGAGAAGGGUUUUGAUGAUGAGUAGAGAAAAUUAGAGUAUGAUAUUUUCAGUAAGCAAAAAUCUAUUACCAUAUAUUUAUUGCAUAGUGUUUUGCUCAGAAACAGUGUAUAAAAAUUGCAACUCAGAUAAUAAGUUUAUCUUAGCAGUGUUCAUAAAAAUACAUAUAGCAAAAAGACUUAGCUUGCUAUACACUCAAGUGAAUAAAUAAUGUUCAAUGUUUUAUGAUGGUAAAAUAUAUUUUUUUGUAAAUUGUAAAGGUUUAAGGGUAAGCUUGUAUAAUAAAUGUGUGAAGAUAAAUCAAGGUUAGCUGUAGCAUCUGUAGAUUUGUAGCACUCAUUUAAGAUUUAAUUAAAAUAAGACAGCAUUAUUAUUGUGAUAAUUAUGGUUGAAGUAUAGCAACCAUUUGAAAAUUAAGUUAAAAACAAAUAAAAAAAUAAGCACUUCGUCAGUUUGCUUUUCUUGUUAUGGUUACAUAUUAUUGAUGUUCCUACUGAUUCUGCAGUUUUAAAACUUACAUCUAAUAAAGUUAAUAGGUUGUUUUCGAUAAAGGUGAGUGUUCUCACUGACAGUUCCUGAAAUAAUAAAAAUUGUUUACUAAUAUUACAGCAUAAAAAAUGCAUUAAGUUAUUUCUUUUAAUAGGAGACUUAGUCAAAUAGUUGUGAGUGAAGUGGAUGAUCAGCAAAAAGACCACAGCAUGUUAUUUCUUGUUAUUUAAUUUUUGUGUAUCGCAGAAUAUUCAGUGCCAACAAAAUCCAUAUUCAAUAUCCAAUGUAAUGCAAACUAACUCCUGUUGAAGUAUAAUAAAAAUGUGACUGCCAA